CAUGAUUCACAUCAGAGAAGACUUUAGAUAUGCUAAAGUAUUUGCGAUAAAGUUUGAAAACGUGACUUUAAAAAAGAUUGGAGAGUUUUGGUAUAACAGAUUUCAUCUUUAAUUGAGCUUCUUGUUAAAGUUUUGAAGUAGUUUCUAUAAGAGUGUCAGUACAGAUUGUUAUAAGACUUAAAUAUAAAUAAACAGACAUGAAUCGGCGUCUGCUAGUCGCGCUGAGUGUGUUCAUGGCGCUGGCGCAAGCCGCUUGGGUUGACGAAGACGAUAUUGAUCUCACUCUUUCCAGCCAAACUAAUAUAUCGUGCAAGAAACCUGACGGACGUGAAGGUAUUUGCGUCCAUGAGAGCAUGUGCGAAGAUGAAUUUGUGAUCCCACCUGCAGAUGUGGGUGACUACGACGAGAUCCAUAUAAGCCGCUGUCCGGGCUUGUGGGACUGGUGUUGCCUGUCCUCAAAACUGGCAUCCACGGAGACAACUACAGAUAUAAACCUACCAACCACAGGGAAGAAUUGACGCUUAGAAAACUUGCUUAUAUAAAAAAAAAAAACAAUUUCAAUUUAAUUUCAAGCUGAUGUUUAAACAAUAAAAUUUUCCUUUUUUUGUU